AUGACCGCGAUUGUGAACAGAGGCUUACUCCGGAACGGCGCGCGCUCCCAAUCGGUGUGCUAUUUUUGUCGUGGCUUCGCCAGCAGUUCUCCCUCGUUCGCGGGACAUAAUCGGUGGUCUCAGAUCAAACAUGACAAGGCAAAGAAUGACAAGGCGAAAAGUAAGGAGCGCCAAAUUAUCGGCAAGGAAAUCAGCAGCGCGACACAAAUGUGGGGAGCGGAUCCAAAGUUCAAUCCCCGGCUGACUCUUGCCCUGUCGAACGCGAAACGAGCCGGAAUCCCAAAGACCGUGAUUGAGGCAGCAAUUGCAAGAGGUCAGGGUAUAAGUGUAACUGGCGAGGCCCUCGAGCAAGUCACCAUCGAGGCUAUACUGCCCCAUUCCGUUGCAGCCGUUAUCGAAUGUCAAACUGACCAGAAGGCGCGCAUCUUGCAAGAUCUCCGCUAUGCUAUCAAAGAUGCUGGUGGAACCGUCACCCCGACUACCUAUCUUUUUGAAAAGAAGGGAAGGAUAAUCUUCGAAAAGAAGGACGGCCUGAACCCAGAUGACUGUCUUGAUCAGGCUAUUGAAGCUGGUGCUAUAGACAUUACGGCAGAUGAAGAAGGCCGUCUCAUCGUGUUCACAGAACCAACAGACACAAAGAGUGUGGGUGAAGCUCUGACAAAGUCAUCUCAGCUCGCAAUUGAAGAACUAGAAAUUAUUUGGGAUCCGAACCAAGACACCUUGGUCGAGCUGACGGAGGAUGAACAUGUGAGGGAAAUAGAGGAUAUCCUCAGUACCCUCCGUGAGGAGUCGAGCGUUCGGGACAUUUAUCUGAACACUACGCAGCAGCUCUGA